AUGGUUCCCAUUAAUAAUGCUGAAGAAUCAAUUAGAGCAGCUAUGAUUGGUGCACGACAAGCAAUAAAAAAUGUUGGUGGUAAAUCUAAAAUUUUAUCACCUCGAAUUCUUCCUGUACCUACUAAAGUAGGUGGAAUUCUACCGCUGGUUCCAAUUUUUGCUGGACUUAGUGCUUUAGGAGCUCUUGCUGGAGGAGCUUCAGGAAUAGCCAACAUGCAAGAGUCAAAUCAGUCUAAAGUCAUCUUACAAGGUGUUAACACCACAGAAUCGUCUCUUUCUUCAAGAACUAGGCCUGAAACAGCAGUGAAUUUUGAUGAGUCUAUAGCUCAUUAUGAAAUUCAUGCUCAUCAACCGUAUGCUUCUUCAUCUUUUAACAAUAGUGAUGAAAUUCGAAUCGCAGUACAACAUCAAGACUUGUGCAUUUUACCUAGUAAAAGUUCAUUACAUAUUUUUGGCAGAUUAGCCAAAAAUGAUGAAAUUACUCCUACGGAAAACGUGCAUUUAAGUAAUAAUGCUGUAUGUUUUUUGUUUGAUGAUAUUCGCUAUGAACUAAAUGGAAUUGAAAUAGAUCGAUGCAAAAAUGUUGGACAUACUACAAUUAUGAAAAAUUAUGUCUCGCAAACUCCUACACAGUUAAAUUUUAUUGAAAAUGCUGGGUAUUCAAGAAUGGCAGCUGAUGCAAGACUUGUAUUGGAAAAUGGCUAUUUUGAUGUCACUAUACCACUCAACAUGAUUUUUGGUUUUGCUGAAGAUUAUAAAAAAAUCGUUAUGAACGCUAAACAUGAACUAAUUUUAACAAGAGCACGUUCUGACGUGAAUGCCGUUAUUCAAACAGGACAAGGAGGUGAUGAAGAAUUUAAAAUUUUCAUCAAUAAACUUGAAUGGAUGGUUCCAUACGAUCCAUUAAUUUCAAUAAGUUUCAGAUCUUGGGAAAUGUAUGAAUAUCCUCUAAUUCCUACAAGUUCAAAAGUUUUGUGGCAAAUUAAAACAUCAACGCAAUUAGAGAAACCACGCUAUGUUAUUGUUGGAUUUCAAACAGCGAGAAAAGAUAAACGUAAAAAAUAUGCUUGUCAUUUUGAUCAUUGUAAUAUUACAAACGUUAAACUCUUUUUAAAUUCACAAUACUAUCCAUAUGGAAAUUUAAAUCUAAAUUUUGAUCAAAAUCAGUACUCUCUACUUUAUGAAAUGUACGCUAAUUUUCAAUCAUCCUAUUAUGGUAAAGAUUCAAAACCUAUUUUAACAAAGGAUAUUUUUAAAAGUCUGUUUCCUCUAAUUGUUAUUGAUUGUUCUAAGCAAAAUGAGUUUCUAAAACAAGCGUCAGUUGAUGUACGUUUAGAAUUUGAAGCAGGAAUGAACAUGCCGGCUGAAACUACUGCCUAUUGCUUAAUCAUCCAUGACCGCGUCAUACAAUAUAAACCAAUCAGCGGCGUUGUCAAGAAACUGCUGUAG